GUGUGAAGGUUAGCGAGCGGAUAGUGGGAGGGCAGCGUUUGCGGUAGACAACAAGUCUAGUUGGUGUUUUUAGCGGACAUUUUAAUUAGGCUGUCGGUAAAAAUGCGCAGAGCGAAUGUCAGCCAGCCGAGCAGCAGAGGGACGGGACCGGGAGGUUUCUGUAGUCCGGCAGCGGACAGAGGACGCUUUCCUUCUCCCGCUCGGGCGUCUUUCGGGUCCCCGUCUCCCGGCCCCAGAUACGGACAGUACGGCUGCUCCCCCCACUCCCCGGGGGAGUUCGGGGGCUAUAACAGACGUUAUAGUGGGGCUGGGGGGGCGUUUUACAACAGCUCGCCGACGCAGACGCCCCGCAGACAGGAGAGUCCUCGCGGAGGUUCCACCUUUAAAGCGUCUCCGUACCGAGCCGCCAACCCGGGCCCGCAGCACCAGCGCAGCUUCCAGGGUUCUCCGCAGGGCUCGGCUCCGUUUUGCAGGGACCGGAGGUCCGGCGGCGUUGAGAGAUAUUACAGCCCGUCUAUGUCGCAGGACCCGUGGGUUAGCCUACAGCCGGUGGCGGUCUCGGACACCCGGACCCAGUACAGCCCCCAGCACGGCCGAUAUUUCUGAGCAGCUCACAGGAUGGCGGAGUAAUGCAGUUUGGACCCAAUCCAGCAGCAGGUUGUGUUUGCUGUCAUGACAACGUGUUGUUCUGGAUGUGAGACGUCACCAGCAGUUUUUAUCGACUUCGGGACAGAUGGCAUAUGGGUUAGCAGCCGGGGAAAGUGCUUGUCUAACAGGCGUUAGUUAGUCUUCUUCUCCAGGUUAUGUAUUUGUACGUAAUGACUUCAGUUGAUACACAAGUUCUGUGUAAGCGGUUCUGAUCCAGACGCCCUGUCACGUGUUUUAUACCAAUACACCUCUUGUACUCGCCGCUCGCCACCGUCUCUUGUAACUGAUUCUUUGUCGCCAUUUCUACCACAUGUUUUCCUCAUCAGCACACUGAUAAAGGUUUUAUUUUUGAAAAUUAAAGUUUGUCUCAAGUGGCACCCACAUUAUUUUCUCGGAUUUCUCGUGUAUGUUCUGCCAGACUUACUGUGCC